AUAAGGGAACAAUGGCAGAAAACUGAAAUAAAAGCGACCCUUGUUUCUCUCUGCUUUUGCCAAAGAUGAAAAACGACGACAGCGGGAACCAAAGAAGCAACGUUCCCAUUCGCUUGCUUCGUCCUUGUACGGCAAUGGGCCCUUCUGAUGGAGCUCCCGAGGCGUAAUUCUUUGGAGAAUUCUCAGAGUUAGGGACUGCCAGUUAUUCUCAUUCUUUCUUCCAUUGUUUUGUUCUUAGGUCUCCAUGGAAGCUUUGAUCGAGCUUUGCGACCUGAUUGCGCAGAACCCAACCCAAUUAUCUGAGAAGCUGUCUUGGAUUUGUAGCCGAUGCCCCUCACCCGAGGCUCUCGUCGCCGGAUCUCCUAAGGUUUCACGCCCUCAGCUCAAUGCCGUCCUUGCCGUGGCUCGGUUCCUCUCAAAGUGCCCAGAUUCCGCCGAUCUCCGUCCUAAAGCAGUGGUCUUCGAGUUCUUGCGUUCUAUUCCGGCUUCAUUCAAUCAGUCGUUUUGGCCGCAAGCGUUCGGCACUGAUGCGAUCGCUUCGUUCUUUGCUGAUUUUUUGGGAUAUGUGUCGAAAGCCGCCGAAUUGUCGCCGGAUUUCACAGCUGAGAUAGCCGGGUUUUCAGGCGAGGUUGUGGUUUCGGCCAUCAGUAAUGGAGGAGGAGAUUUGGGCAUUUCUAGGGCUUUUCUGAUGGCGCUGUCCCAGAGCUUCCCUCCAAUUUCGGCUUCCGACGCGGAAAAAUUGAUUAACCUUCUUCUUGAUCAGCUGGCGGUGUCUGGUCCUCUGGUUCAGUCUCCGGCCACUCCGAGGGGACAAAUUCGAGCAAACUCUGAGACUUCUUCGUCACAAAGCUCACCUUUGAGUGUGAACCAUUACCAACCCAAUGAGAGUUCAAGCCCAGGAAAUGAAACGAGCCAAAUUUCAUGUUCGUCUGGCAGUGCAGCUUCCCGGCUCGCAGAUGAUGCCACUAGUGCCUCGUCAAGGGGUUCGAUGGCGGUAAAUGGGGGUGGCAUUUUGUGGAAGAGUGGUAUUGACCAAAUGAGUGGGAAUUUUGGGUUCAAUGAUGGAGGUGGAGCUUCGUUGCUUAGGCAGCAGGUUUCUUCCUUUGAGGAAGAGCCUGUGGAGAGUUUGGAGAAGCAAGAGAUUGCUUUCAAAUUGAUUGCGCACAUUUUAGAUAAAGUCCGCAUUGACGCUGGGCUAUUGGAGCACGUUAGGUUAAUAGCAAAGAGGCAGCUUCAAUCGAUGACAGUUUUUUUUAAGAUAAGGAAGCGAGAUUGGAAUGAACACGGUUCACUUCUGAAGGCUAGAAUCAAUACAAAACUGUUAGUUUAUAAAGCUGCUGCUACAUUGACUCUUAGGAGCCUUGCUUGCUUUGAUUCUGAUGGGAAACUGGCUAAGAAGUUGGCACAUGAGACUCUUGCCUUGUUUAUGGAUGCUGCCGAAGCGUGUUUACUUUCAGUAUGGCGUAAGUUGAGAAUCUGUGAAGAACUCUUUGGUUCCUUGCUUGCUGGGCUUUCACAAAUUGCAGUAACUCGAGGUGGACAAUCACUUCGGAUUUUGCUCAUUCGGCUCAAGCCUGUUGUACUAACUGUAUGUGCUCAGCAACAGGCUGAUACUUGGGCAACCAACCAGGGAGCAAUGUUUGAGAGCGUCAUGAAGACAAGCUGUGAAAUUAUUGAAUCUUGCUGGAGCAAGGAGCGAGCUCCUGUAGAUACAUUCAUUAUGGGUUUGGCUGCAAGUAUUCGUGAACGAAAUGACUAUGAUGAACAGGUUGAGAAAGACAAACUAGCUGUACCAAUUGUGCAGCUUAAUGUUAUCCGUCUGCUAGCAGAUUUAAAUGUUGCUGUUAACAAGUCUGAAGUAGUGGACAUGAUUUUACCUUUAUUUAUUGAGAGCCUGGAAGAGGGUGAUGCUUCGGCUCCUAGUUUAUUGCGACUCCGACUUCUUGAUGCUGUAUCACGCAUGGCAAGUUUAGGUUUUGAAAAGUCCUAUCGUGAGACGGUAGUUUUGAUGACAAGAAGUUACUUGCAUAAACUUUCAAGUGUAGGAUCUGCUGAAAGUAAAACAGUGGCGCCCGAAGCUACAACAGAGCGUGUUGAGACUCUUCCUGCAGGGUUCCUUCUCAUUGCUAGUGGACUCAAGAAUACUAAGUUGCGUUCAGAUUAUCGUCAUCGUUUGCUAUCUUUGUGCUCUGAUGUUGGCCUGGCUGCUGAAUCAAAAAGUGGAAGAAGUGGAGCAGAUUUCCUCGGGCCUCUACUUCCUGCUGUUGCUGAAAUAUGUUCUGAUUUUGAUCCGACCUUAGAUGUGGAACCUUCACUUUUGAAGUUAUUCCGCAACCUGUGGUUCUAUGUUGCUUUGUUUGGUUUAGCACCACCCAUACAAAAAACACAGCCACCAAUAAAGUCAGUAUCCACAACAUUGAACAGUGUGGGUAGCAUGGGUACAAUUGCUCUUCAAGCUGUUGGGGGUCCAUACAUGUGGAAUACACAAUGGUCUUCUGCUGUCCAGCGAAUAGCUCAAGGGACUCCUCCACUUGUUGUUAGUUCUGUGAAAUGGCUUGAGGAUGAGUUGGAACUCAACGCUCUUCACAACCCUGGGAGCCGUCGAGGAAGUGGCAAUGAGAAAGCUGCUCUUGCCCAAAGAACUGCUCUCUCUGCUGCUCUUGGAGGGCGCAUUGAUGUUGGAUCAAUGAGCACAAUUUCAGGAGUAAAGUCAACCUAUCUUCUUGCAGUAGCAUUUUUGGAGAUUAUUCGCUUUGGCAGUAAUGGUGGCAUCCUUAAUGGCAAAACUAGUUUAACUGCUUCUAGAAGUGCGUUCAGUUGUGUAUUCGAGUAUUUAAAAACACCGAACCUUAUGCCAGCUGUUUUUCAAUGCUUAAUGGCAAUUGUCCAUCGAGCUUUUGAAACAGCAGUAUUAUGGCUGGAGGAUAGGAUAUCGGAAACAGGAAAGGAAGCUGAGAUUAGAGAAUCAACUCUUUCUGUACAUGCCUGUUUUCUUAUUAAAAGUAUGUCCCAGAGGGAGGAACAUAUUCGUGAUGUUGCUGUGAACUCGUUAACGCAAAUUAGAGAUAGAUUUCCACAGAUUCUAUGGAACUCUUCUUGUUUUGAUUCCCUGCUGUUCUCAAUGCAUAAUGAUUCUCCUUUUGCUGUUGUCAAUGACCCUACUUGGGUGGUGACAGUUCGUUCUUUGUACCAAAAAGUUGUUCGAGAAUGGAUCAUUAAAUCACUUUCCUAUGCUCCUUGCACUAGCCAGGGUCUUCUACAGGACAAGCUUUGUAAAGCUAACACAUGGCAAAGAGCACAACAUACAACUGAUGUGGUUUCUCUUCUAUCUGAGAUACGUAUUGGUACAGCAAAAAGUGAGUGCUGGACUGGCAUAAGGACAGCAAAUAUUCCUGCUGUCAUGGCUGCUGCUGCAGCAGCAUCAGGAGCAAAUUUAAAAUUGACAGAAGCUUUUAAUUUGGAGGUGCUCAGUACUGGGAUAGUCAGUGCAACAGUGAAGUGCAACCAUGCUGGAGAAAUUGCUGGAAUGAGAAGGUUGUUUAACAGCAUUGGUGGAUUUGAUUCUGGUAACACACCAAGUGGUUUUGGGCUUGGUGCUGGCCUCCAGAGACUGAUAUCUGGAGCAUUUCCUCAACAGUCACAGGCUGAGGAUAACUCAUUUAAUGGGAUAUUGCUGAUCAAGUUUGUGCGUUUACUUCAAAAAUUUGUUAAUAUUGCAGAGAAAGGUGGGGAAGUUGACAAGUCACAAUUUCGUGAAACUUGUUCCCAGGCAACUGCAUUACUUUUAUCAAAUCUGGGUUCUGAUUCAAAACAAAAUGUAGAGGGCUGUUCACAACUUCUUCGUCUUCUUUGUUGGUGUCCAGCUUACAUCUGUACACAAGAUGCAAUGGAAACUGGUGUUUUCAUUUGGACCUGGUUAGUUUCUGCUGCACCAGAAUUGGGUUCCCUUGUCCUUGCUGAACUUGUUGAUGCAUGGUUGUGGACAAUUGAUACAAAACGAGGUCUUUUUGCAUCUGAUGGGAAGUAUUCCGGGCCUGCUGCAAAACUAAGACCGCACCUUGCUCCUGGGGAGCCAGAAGGGCCACCUGAAGUUGAUCCCGUUGAACAAAUAAUGGCCCAUAGACUAUGGCUUGGUUUUUUCAUUGACCGCUUUGAGGUAGUUCGGCAUAAUAGUGUUGAGCAACUUUUGCUUCUUGGUCGAAUGUUACAAGGGUCAACAAAGCUCCCAUGGAAUUUUUCACGUCAUCCUGCUGCCACUGGUACUUUUUUCACUGUGAUGCUUCUAGGCCUGAAGUUUUGCUCCUGCCAAUCCCAGGGAAAUCUUCUGAAUUUUAAAACAGGGCUUCAAUUGCUGGAAGACCGUAUCUACAGGGCCUCGUUGGGCUGGUUUUCUUUUGCGCCUGAAUGGUAUGAUGCCAAUAAUAUGAGUUUUGCCCAGAGUGAGGCUCAAUCUGUAUCUGUAUUUGUGCACUACCUUUCAAAUGAGCGAGUAGAUGCAAAUCAAUCUGACUCUAAGGGGCGAGCACGUGAAAAUGGGAGCAGUGUGGUUGAUGUGAACGAUCAAUGUCACCCUGUUUGGGGCCAGAUGGAGAACUAUGUUGUGGGAAGAGAAAAGAGGAAGCUGUUACUUUUGAUGCUAUGUCAGCAUGAGGCUGAUAGGCUUGAAAUUUGGGCUCAACCCUCUAAUGCAAAAGAAAGUACUUCCUCUCGGUCUAAAAUUAGCUCAGAUAAAUGGAUUGAAUAUGCAAGGACUGCCUUCUCUGUGGAUCCUCGUAUAGCUAUAUCCUUGGCAUCAAGGUUCCCAACAAACACAUUUUUGAAGGCUGAAGUGACUCAUUUAGUUCAGUUGCAUAUAUUGGAUAUCCGAAGUAUUCCUGAAGUAUUGCCUUAUUUUGUUACCCCGAAGGCAGUAGAUGAAAAUUCUGUGCUUUUACAACAAUUGCCACACUGGGCAGCUUGUUCUAUUACACAAGCUCUCGAAUUCCUUACUCCUGCAUUUAAAGGGCAUCCGCGUGUCAUGGCAUAUGUUCUUAGGGUUUUAGAGUCAUAUCCUCCUGAACGAGUAACAUUCUUCAUGCCACAGCUAGUUCAGGCACUGCGAUACGAUGAAGGAAGGUUAGUAGAAGGAUAUUUGCUGAGGGCAGCUCAAAGAAGUGAUAUAUUUGCCCAUAUAUUAAUCUGGCAUUUACAGGGUGAAGAAUCAGGACCAGAAUCAGGGAAAGAAGCUGGCUCUGGGAAGAAUAGUCCCUUCCAAGCCCUGCUACCACUUGUUAGGGAACGUAUUAUUGAUGGUUUCUCCACAAAGGCGCGUGACUUGUUUAAAAGAGAAUUUGAUUUCUUUGACAAGGUUACAUCUAUUUCAGGUGUCCUUUUUCCACUUCCCAAAGAAGAACGACGGGCAGGUAUUAGGAGAGAGUUGGAGAAAAUUGAAAUGGAAGGAGAAGACCUUUAUCUACCAACAGCUCCUAACAAGCUUGUUAGGGGAAUUCAGGUUGAUAGUGGAAUUCCCUUGCAGUCGGCAGCAAAAGUUCCUAUUAUGAUUACGUUUAAUGUGAUUGAUCGGGACGGAGACCAUAAUGUUGUAAAACCCCAAGCUUGCAUUUUCAAGGUUGGGGAUGAUUGUCGCCAAGAUGUCCUUGCUCUUCAAGUGAUUGCACUUCUUAGAGAUAUAUUUGAAGCUGUUGGACUAAAUCUUUAUUUGUUUCCUUAUGGUGUACUUCCAACUGGCCCUGGGAGAGGCAUAAUUGAGGUGGUGCCUAAUACUCGGAGUAGAAGUCAGAUGGGUGAAACGACUGAUGGUGGUUUGUAUGAGAUUUUUCAGCAGGACUAUGGUCCUGUGAGCUCUCCUAGUUUUGAAGCUGCACGAGAGAACUUCAUUAUCAGCAGUGCAGGUUAUGCAGUUGCCAGCCUUUUACUGCAACCAAAGGAUAGGCAUAAUGGCAAUCUUUUAUUUGACAACGUUGGAAGACUUGUUCAUAUUGAUUUUGGUUUUAUCUUGGAAACUUCACCCGGUGGAAAUAUGCGGUUUGAAAGUGCUCAUUUUAAGCUUAGCCAUGAAAUGACUCAACUAUUAGAUCCCUCAGGGGUCAUGAAAAGUGAAACCUGGCACCAGUUUGUGAGUUUGUGCGUCAAAGGAUACCUUGCAGCUCGGCGUUAUAUGGAUGGGAUUAUCAGCACAGUUCAAUUAAUGCUAGAUAGUGGACUGCCUUGCUUUAGCAGGGGUGAUCCAAUAGGUAAUCUUCGCAAGAGAUUUCAUCCCGAAAUGACUGAUCGUGAAGCAGCAAAUUUCAUGAUCCACGUCUGCACUGAUGCUUACAACAAGUGGACCACUGCUGGGUACGAUUUGAUACAGUAUUUGCAGCAGGGUAUUGAGAAGUAGAAAGUGAUUUUUGGAACUCGACCUGGGUAUGUACAUGAUCAUUAUUUGUAAGUUUAUAAAUAUAUGAUGUUUUUCUUACCUACAUAUAUAUAGCUUUGAUUUUUCCGGGGGUUUCCAUCCUAGUAUAUUAGGAGGAUUGUAAAAACGGCAUAGAAUUCAAUUUGAGUUCUUUGUAUUCUAGAGGUGGGGUUCCUUGUGAGGUUUGUAAAAUUACAUGUAGUUAUUAUUAUUAUUAUUAUUAUUUUUCUUUUUCUUUCCUUAAA